GCGUCUUGGUUUGUUGUCUGUGUCAAAUUGUGUGUUGUUUUUUUUUUUUUUUUUUUUUAACCAUGGCUGUGGUAGAAUUGUUGGUCUCGGUGAGGGCGAUAAUAACUAUUAACUGAUUUUUGUCAUGUUGUAGAGAGAGAAAUCGCGGCCAUAGAUUCCUAAUCCCCUUUAAAACCCUAAUUUUCCUUUUGCUCUUUUAUUUUGCAUCACCGCCUCAGAGGGGCUAUAGCUGCUUCACUAUAUCUAUCACUUCCUCAUCCGUUACCUUGCCUUUUUGUUCUCUGCUUGAAGGAAAUCUUGAACUCGGGAGGUUCUUCUGUGUUAUGUCGGCUGAGUUUGAUUUGGCUUUGAUUCGGGCUUCGUCGCAACUCUGGCUUUUUACCUUUGCUUCAUCAAAAGGCUCUGUUUGCUUUGGUUCUCUCUGUUGUGCUUUUUUCUGCUAUAUGCUUCUCUGCUAUUUACAGCAUAGGUUAAAUUUGUGGGUUGCAGCUGCUUCGAUGCGUUUGAGACCAAAACGGACUUACUCUGGUGUCGAGUGUUUUGGGGGUUUUCACAUAAAGCGAUUCUUCUACCUUUUCUUGUUCUUCAGAGGGGAUCUCACCUGAUACCACCGUGAUAAUCCGUCUCCAUUCCUUAAAAAUAUUUUUUGUUUUACUUGUUUUAAAAAUUUUCCGGGAAUAUAUUGAGGGGCUUUGUUGAGUUUUAACCCAUUUCCUGAUGCCGGGGUUUAGACCAGAACCUUUGAACCAUAGUAAACCCUGGAAAAAAGUCUCGUCUGGAGAAUCGAGAAUGGAGUCCAAAAUGAGAAAGAUUCGUGUCAUUUAUAAUGAUCCUUAUGCGACUGAUUCUGAUUCAAGUGAUGAUGAAUCAGAGAGAACUGUAAGAAGAUCGUUUAAAUCAAAACGAUUUGUGCGCGAGAUCAAUCUUCCUUCCAUUGUUUUUCCUCAGUCAAAAGCCCUUGAACCUGAGAGUUCCUGUCAAGAUAGUAACAACAGUGGCAAAACCCCCAACAAGAAGAGAAGGAUUUUGGGUAAAUCUCUUACUCCUACAACUGCAGCAACAGCAACUACUGAAACAAAAGCCUCAUUGAAGAAACCUGUAGGUGUUAGGCAAAGGAAGUGGGGGAAGUGGGCAGCAGAAAUUAGAAAUCCAGUGACCAAAGCCAGGACUUGGUUGGGUACUUACAAUACUCUUGAAGAGGCUGCCCAGGCCUAUGAGGCUAAGAAGCGAGAAUAUGAGGCUAUGACUAUUGCAGCCUCUGAGAAGAGCCAAAAUAUAUCUUCAUCUGCAACAGCUUCUCAAACGCAAAAUAUCAACACCAGCAACAAAAACGAUCCUGCUUCUGUUACCUCAGAUGACACUGAAAGUGGUCUAUCGCAUACUUCUCCGUCUUCAGUUCUAGACUUGGACACUUCUGUUGUAUCAAAACUUAAUGGUGAUUCUAGUGAUUUGAUCAAAGAAGAAGGUUUUGAUACAGAUUUUGUUGAUCUUGAGAUACCCGAUUUGGGUUUUAUUGACGAGCCGCUGGGUUCUUGCCAAGUUGAUGGAGAUCUUAACUUGGGAUUGGAUUUUGGUGACCUCAUUGAUGAUUUUGUGCAACUUAAUGAUGAUUAUUGUGGCAUUCAAAAUCUUGAAAUUUGCGGGUUAGACAGUGAUGGACCAAGCGAGCUCCCGGAUUAUGAUUUUGAGUUUGGCAAUGAGGAAUUUGCAUAUUUGGAUGAUCAUCAUCAUCAACAGCACCAACUACCUAUCAAUAUUGCAUGCCUAUAAGUUUUGCAGCUAGGAUUUUUUUCCUGUGUUAAGUAGUUUACAUUUAAAUUAUAUUGCAGCAAGGACUAAUCUCGGGAGUAAAAGAUGUUUCUUGAGAUUGUUCUUGUGAGAGUUAUAAUUUAUUUGUUUGUUAAAGAAGAGGGACAGAGGGAUGAGCCCUUUUUGUAGGGGAAAGAAUCCUUUGGGUUUUCCUGUGCUAUCAGAGCCUUCCGAGGGAUUCUUAAGUCUUGAGGAUGGAUGUUCCGUGAUUCUGAAUUUUGAGGAACUUUGCUCAUUCCUGCUUUAUUUUGUUCUGCAUUGAGAUAUGAAAUGAGAUGGGACUUGUGUUUUUUUCACUA